AUGUGGGAUCAGCUGCCGGAGCUGAUAUUGAUAAGAAUUUUUCGUAAUUUGACCUGCGAAGAUCGAUUUAAUGUCAGUGGAGUGUGUCAGGUAUGGAGGAGAGGUGUGGCAGCUCCAGCCCUCUGGAGAUCAGUUACGAUACUCAUUGACAGGGAUCUGACGAGUGGAUUCCCCUUGGCAACUUUAUUAGCUGGAAAGUAUGGGGAGCACAUGCGGAGUUUGGAGCUGGCAUGGUCCAGACCCUACGUCCUAUCGAAGGAAACUAGAAAUUCUGCCAAUGUGAGGGCACAGGAGGGGGUAGACUUCUUGACAGCUUUGAAAGUGAAAGAAGUUCAGUUGAAGGAAUUUAUUUUGACAAAUUGGUAUUUCGGGACGAACUGGAAUUAUCGAGGGAAGAUUUUGUAUGCUCUGAAUCGUUUCAUAGGGAGUCAAAAUAGUUUAGAAACCCUGAGCAUUGUUAACUCAAAUCUGGGUGUGACGGACGUAUCAAAACUCCUGCGAGCAGUGACAGUGUCCUCCGGGGACGGUCUGAAGUCCCUAGACCUCAGAGGGGCCUUCAAAGACUGGCAAAUUCCGCACAACAGUUCAAAAUACCUGCGGCAUCUCGGUCGUCUCCACGCCCUCAACAAUCUCCAACUCGAUUACCCAUCAAUCUCAAACCAGUGCCUCCUUAAUCUGGCAAAUGGUGCUCCAAAUUCCCUCAGGAAUCUCCACAUUUCAAUCAGAAACACCGACCAUCGACAGCACACAAUCGAUGAUUCAGCCUGGCAGACCUUAGUCUCCGCUUGUCCCCAAUUAACUGUCUCUUACAACAUAGUCAAUAUUUCACACUUCGAGGACAUGUCUUAUCUCCUCCAACCGAGUGUACCAAUGGCCAGAUUUCAGAUGUACAGUGGACACGUGUGGGAGCAGAGUAGAUCGAGAAACUUUAGAAGCACUGUUGGACUACUGGUCACGUAUUACUCGAGUACUUUAGUCGAAGUAAUACUUCAACUCCGUAAUAACCGUGAGGAUCUGGAUGAUUUGCUUGUGUCAAUGUUGCAACGAUGCAAACUUCUGACCACACUGCGUUUCGAUGGAAUCAUUAGGAGUCUGGAUACACUCAGCGAAAUACUCAAACUCCAGAGCGAAAGGAUAACUCAAUUCAAAACGAUUCAUGUCAGACCUAGACGUGUUAAUAUGCAGAAUAGGGAAAUUUUGAGUGAUAUUUGUUACAGAUUCAAUCGUGGGUUGAGAGAUCAGGGGGUGAAUUUCAAAGUUCAACACCCUGGCAAUUCGAUAUUUUAUUAUUAA